UUUCUUUGAUUAAAUAGGCUCUAGGACACCUUUUCAGAAAGACUCCCUGCUGUGUUCAGAAUCAUUCCUAGAAAAUUGAAACCUCAGAUUCUGUCUCCAAGAUGUACCUCAGUGCUGUAAGUCACCGCAUACCUUUAAGUGAUGGAAAUAGCAUUCCCAUUAUUGGACUUGGUACUUACUCAAAACCGAACUCGACCCCUAAGGGGACCUGUGCAACAUCAGUGAAAGUUGCCAUCGAUGUGGGGUACAGACACAUUGAUGGGGCCUACAUCUACAGAAACGAGCAUGAAGUCGGAGAAGCCAUCCGGGAGAAGAUAGCAGAAGGAAAGGUGCGGAGGGAGGACAUUUUCUACUGCGGAAAGCUGUGGGCUACAUAUUUGGAACCAGAGAUGGUGGGCCCAACCUUGGAAAGAACUCUCAGAGUCCUCCAGCUGGAGUAUGUGGAUCUUUACAUCAUUGAAAUGCCCAUGGCAUUUAAGCCAGGAGAUGAAGUAUAUCCUAAAGAUGAGAAUGGCAAAUGGCUAUAUCAUAAGACAAAUCUGUGUGCCACUUGGGAGGCUUUGGAAGCUUGCAAAGAUGCUGGCUUGGUGAAAUCCCUUGGGGUAUCCAACUUCAACCGCAGGCAGCUGGAGCUCAUCCUGAACAAGCCAGGACUCAAAUAUAAGCCAGUCAGCAACCAGGUCGAGUGCCACCCAUAUUUCACCCAGUCAAAACUCUUGAAAUUUUGCCAACAACAUGACAUUGUUAUUGUUGCAUAUAGCCCUUUGGGGACGUGUAGGGAUCCAAACUGGGUGAACAUGUCUGUUCCACCUUUGCUAAAGGAUAAACUUCUAAAUUCACUGGGGGGAAAGUACAAUAAGACAGCAGCUCAAGUUGUUCUGCGUUUCAACAUCCAGCGAGGGGUGGUUGUCAUUCCCAAAAGCUCUAAUCCUGAAAGGAUCAAAGAAAACUUUCAGAUAUUUGACUUUUCUCUUACUGAAGAAGAAAUGAAGGCCAUUGAAGUAUUAAAUAAAAAUGUCCGUUUUGUGGAAUUGCUCAUGUGGAGUGAUCACCCUGAGUAUCCAUUCCAUGAAGAAUAUUAAAUUCAGAGAGUUCCUGGGAAGAUGCUUCUUGCCUGUGUGUAUGCAAGGAUGUUGGGAUGGGUAUUCAAGGAUGUGGAAAUGAAAGGGGUUUUACUAUCCUUAAAGCAGUGAUGGAAACAUGCUUAACUUUUGUGUAGUAGAAGGGAUUUUUACUCAAUCACAUUGAAAGAAAAAUAUUUAAAUCUGUUGAAAUAAUUACUGAGAAUUUAUCAGCUAAUAUUUUAUCAGAUCAAUGUCUUCUAGGUUUCAGACAGAAAAACAUUAGACUUUAGAAAAGACCUCAAAAGCAACAUAUGAAGACCAGUGACUCAUGAAUAUGGCUGCUACCAUUGGUAGUCUGAGUUCUUCAGCAGUUAAUAGGACUACAGAGGAGGUGGAGAGCCAGCCUGUGGAAGUGUGCUGGCAAUGGCCUUGAUGUCUGAACCAUUGAUUAUAUGCAUAUUAGAACAGCCAUAAUAAGGUUCAGAUGUGCAUUAUUGCAUUAACAAGCAAGUAAUUUACUGCAUCUUGAGUAGAGUGAGAGAGGGCUAAGUGUAGAAAAGUCUUAAAAUAGAGCUAAACACUACCGUGCUCAGCAAAGCCAUAAUGAUUUUGUUUUCAUUUGUUUCCAUCCAAUGUGUAUUUUUCUGACUUUUUCCCAGCCUGAAGGAUGGAUAUUUCUUUGUUCUCUCUUGCAUCCUUAGAGGGCCUGAGUUUCAAUACAACUGGCAUCCAUACUUGUACUGUCUUACACUCUUGCCCACACUGAUCAUAGAACCAACACUUUGUGAAGUGGUUUGAAAUAACCAACAUACACAAAUAAAAACCUACAUCGUAAAUUUAUUCAAAGACAGCUAUUUUAUAAAAGAAGGCAUUCAAAAUGGAUAUUUUAGGGGACACUUGAAAGAACAAGUUUUAUAAAUUUAUUUUACUUAGGACUUUAAGAGUGUUACUGGGAUAGCUGUGAAAUUGUGAGAAAGUAACAAGUUCAAAAGAACACUGAUAAUUUUACUGUAUAUAAAUUUUUAAAGAGUGGAUAAUACUAUUAGAAUUCAGCAAGAGAGAUGUACCUAUUUUCAAUUCAACUAGAGAAAAAUAUAUUUUAUUCAUUCAUAUGAGGUCACUCCUACAGGGCAAGAGAGUUCUUUAAAAAAUUAUGUUUUCCCAAGACCAAUUGCUUAUGGAUACUCUUCAGUGACCUGAAGACAUUUCUGAGAAAUUAUGACUUUAAAAAUGUCAUCUAUAUUCAUUGACUGUUUCCAUUGAUUCUGAUAUUAAUAUUUAUAAUGUUACAAUCUAGAAAAUAUUUUGUUCAUAAGAAAUAAUAAAGUUUGAUCAUUUGUUU